AUGGAAUUAUUUUCGAAAGUACUUUUAAAUACUCCUUAUUUAAUUCUCGAUUUAUCUCUAAAUUUACUUCAAGAAGCUGGCGCAAUUUCAAUAGCCAAAUAUCUUGAAGCAGAUCCUAACUUAAUAUCACUAGAUUUGAGGUCUGCAGGCAUCAAUAUCGUAGGCACAAAAGUAAUUUUUACUGCUUUACAAAAUAACAAUCAUUUAUGCAUAAUUAAUCUAAGCGCAAUCGAUGGAACAAAUAGAAAUAGACUUGAUACAGACGGAUCUCGUGGUUUAGCAAGAUGUUUGUAUAAUAACAAGAUUCUUACAGAAAUUAACGUAUCAUUGUGCAGUGUUACAACAGAAGGCGCUCACAUGAUUGGAGUAAGUCUUACUAAUAACGACAGCUUAACUUACUUAAAUUUAGCUUCUAAUGACCUUGGAGCAAAAGGAAUAGAAGCAAUGCUGAAAGAAGGAAGCUUCGGAUCUCUCGAAACAAUUAUACUAUCAAAGAAUCUUAUUAAUUGCUCAAUUUCGAAAUUAUUAUGCAAUAGAAUUUUAUCUGCACCUAAAUUACGUCAUAUUGACUUAUCUGAUAACCAGUUAAAUGAAAAAUUCUUAACUCGUUUGGAAUCAAUUAUGAAUCAAGGCUGCAAACUUGAAUCCAUAAAUUUAGCUCGAAAUAACAUCGGCCACGAAUCAUUAUAUGCUCUUGAGAUGCUUAUUCGUUCAUUGACAUGUCUAAAGAAACUGAUUUUAUCAGGAAAUCCAUUGAAAGAUGAAGGAAUUGCACAAAUUAAAGAUUAUCUGAUCAAAAACAAAUCCCUUGUCCAAAUUGACUUCUCUAAUUGUGGCCUUAGAGAUGCAGGAGCCAAAACUAUUGCAGAGAUUAUCAUUGGAAACAAAACUCUUGAAAUCAUAAAUAUUUCAUCAAACGUUAUCGGAAACGAAGGUGGAAUAUCAAUUGCCAAGUCUCUACUUGCAAAUACUACCAUCUCUGAGAUAUAUAUCAGAGAUAAUGAAUUAAAAGAUGAUGCAGCUUAUGAAUUUGUAAAUUCUAUAAGCCACAGUAUGAAUAUCGUCACCAUUGACUUAGCUUAUAAUGAUUUCUCCUACACUGCACUUGAUUCUUGGAACAAAUGCUUGAAUCAGCACAAAAUUGACAUUGAAAACAGAGUUCCUGAGCUUGCAAAAGGUAAAAUAGGAGAACUAAAGCAAGAAGAACAACAUUUAUCGGAUCUUCACUCAAAUAUCGACAUGGAAGAGAAAAAUCUGAAUAAUAUUAAAGUUCAAUUAGAAAAUAUGAAGGUUUUGUACAAAGAAACAGAAGAAAAGUACACAGAAGAGAUAGCAAAGCAAACCCAGCUGCUCCAUGAGAAGACACAAAUUUUAGAAGAUUUAAGAAACAAAUCAGCUACAAGAUCAAAUGAUUUUGUCUCUCUUAAGAUCAAAUAUGAAAAGGAAGAACAAGAACUCCACAGGAAUCUUUCAAAAGAAAUAACCCAAGCAAAUCAAGCUGUUGAAAGACAAAAUUCAACAGAACUCAAGUAUGACAAAACAAGAAACGAAGCAUUUGGUAAGCUUUCAGAUGCAAGAUUGAAACUAAGUGUUGCUAAGGAUCAGUUAAAGCAACUUAUUCAAGAAGCGCAUAUUCUUCAAGACAAACUAGAGAAAGAACAAGAAGAUGCCGAAGAUGCAGAAGCUCAAGAAACACAGAAGGUUGUUGCUAAGAUAACAGCUGAUCAAGAGGAGCAUCCUUUGAAUUCAAUUUUGAAAUCAAUGGAAGAGCAAAGAUUGUCGAGAAGAUCUAAAAAGAAACUAAAGAAAGCAAAGUCAAAGAAAUUCCAAUAA